AUGAGCGAAGGGUGUGACUCUGUUGUGAUAGUUAAAGCUAAGCCAAUUCGUAAAGUAUUCAAAGCACCAGUUAAAAUAAAUAAAGUUCCCGAUGAAAUCUUAAAUGAUCCACAUUUAAAUGCAGCAAUAGCUGCAUUACCAUGUAACUACAAUUUUGAAAUACACAAGUCAGUAUGGAGAAUUAAGGAAGCAAAAGCAAGAAGGGUAGCAUUACAAAUGCCUGAAGGACUUUUAAUGUAUGCUACAACUAUAGCUGAUAUUGUAGAAGAUUUUACAGGUGCAGAAACUGUUAUAAUGGGAGAUGUUACUUAUGGGGCAUGUUGUAUAGACGAUUAUACUGCAAGAGCAUUAGAUGCAGAUUUCUUAAUUCACUAUGGACAUUCUUGUUUAAUACCAAUUGAUCAAACAAUUGGUAUUAGAGUGCUUUAUGUAUUUGUUAAUAUAAAAAUUGAUACUUUGCACUGCAUUGAAUGCUUACAAGCUACACUACCAGUUACAACAAAAAUUGGGCUUACAAGUACUAUACAAUUUGCUGGUACUUUACAAGCAAUUGCAAUAGAAAUGAGAAAAAAUGGUUACGAAAUAUUUACUCCACAAAGUAAACCAUUAAGUCCUGGCGAGAUUUUAGGUUGUACAGCACCACAAAUUCGAUGUGCUGAUGUAAUCAUUUAUGUAGGAGAUGGUAGAUUUCAUUUAGAAGCAGUAAUGAUUGCUAAUCCAAAAUUACGAGCAUUUCGAUAUGAUCCGUAUGAGAAAAAACUGACUGAAGAAUUUUAUAAUCAUGAACAAAUGCUAAAAACUAGAUUAACAGCAAUUGAACAAGCAAAAGAGACUGGAAGAUUUGGAUUAAUACUUGGUACAUUAGGAAGACAAGGAAACCUUAAUGUUUUGAAAAAUUUAGAAAAUAAAAUUAAUUUAUUGGGAAAAGAAAAUGUUAUUAUACUACUCUCAGAAAUAUUUCCUGAUAAGAUUAAAUUAUUUAAAGGUGUUGAUGCCUUUAUACAGAUUGCAUGUCCACGGUUAAGUAUAGAUUGGGGUUCUGCUUUUGAAAAACCAUUUCUUACACCAUAUGAAGGAGCGGUUGCUCUAAAAAUGAUAAACUUUAACACUGACAAGCCAUACCCUAUGGAUUUUUAUGCUUCAGCUAGUCUUGGACCAUGGACUCCUAAUCAUAAAGAAUCUGAAUUAGAGAAAGAAACUAACACUUGUUGUGGUAAAUGUAGAGAUAAAACGUAA